ACGGCAUCUUUGGAACGAUUGUUUUCAACAAUGGGGUGGUAUCAUUCAAAACAAAGAAAUAGAUUAAAGUCGGAGAAAGUGCUAGGUUUAGCACAGAUUUGUGCACAUAUGCAAAAACAACAACAGAUUCGGGAAUUGGAUUUUCAUGCGAAACAGUACAAAACGAUUAUAGAAAAUACUUCAUAUAAUACAAAUUUAGAGAGUAAUGAUGAUAUGUUUGUUAUUUCUGAUGAUGAAGAUACAAAUAUUGAUAAUGAAACAAAUGAAAGAGAUAUCUAUACACGACCACUUACUUCUAUUAAUGAAUGGAGAAAUAUGGUAACACAUUGGGUAGAGAUGAUUGAAAAUGAAUUACAAGAAGAUCAAGAUAACGAAAUAGCAAGUAUUGUUGAUACUUAUGAUAUCUCAAUUGAUAAUAUUGAGCAAUUACAACAUCCCGCUGUUGAUUUACAAGCAAAAUGGGAGCUAAAAAAUAUUUUUGUAGAAAAUUUAGAAUUACCAAAUUAUUUAGAAGAUUUUAUUAUUGGUGGUAAUUAAUGUAAAUGUAAUAAAUUUUGAAAAUAAAUAAAAUAAAUAAAUUGAUGGUCAUUA